AUGCAUAUCAGCAUCGUCGCGAUCCUCGCUACCUUCCCGAAUAAGAACAUGCGCACUGUCUGCGAUGAUGCCAUGUUGGAUAUUUAUAUAUCGCUAGGUACUCCAUAUGCGGCCGUGACUUUAAAGGGUCCACGACUCAUCGUACGAAACGACUGGGUGCCCAGGCUUCUCGGGACACGGCUUGCAGAUCACGGCAAAACCGUCCAAAGUCAAAGCAACUCUUAG